AAAUCCUAGACGUUGCUAACUUCCAUGUGUUUGCAUGUGCUUUAAUGCAAACUCGGUACACUCCUCCGCAGUUUAUAUAGCUCUCCUGCUACGUUGCUCAUUUAGAUACGCCUCUUGCAGCUAAGCACCGAACAGCAUCAGCAGCAUCACCGGAGAUAUGAUGGACAGCAAGCGCCUGGACUACGUGCUGGUGCCGUUGGGUCUGGCGGUGAUGGUUGGCUACCACCUGUGGCUACUCCUCCGCAUCCGGCGCCGCCCCGCCACCACCGUCAUCGGCAUCAACGCCAUCAACCGCCGCAUCUGGGUGCGCCACGUCAUGGAGGACCCCUCGGGAAAGCACGCCGUGCUGGCGGUGCAGACCAUGCGCAACGCCAUCAUGGCCUCCUCCGUGCUCGCCUCCGUCGCCAUCACCCUCAGCUCCCUCGUCGCCGCCCUCAUGGCCAGCGGCGCCGCCCACGGCCUCCUCUCUGGCACCGCCGCCGCCCUCAACAAUAAGGACAACAACAACAUCGUCGUGGGCGCGGUGGGGGAGGCGGCGCUGUCCGUCAAGUUCCUGGCCAUCCUCGUCUGCUUCCUGGUGGCGUUCCUCCUCAACGUGCAGUCCAUCCGGUACUACAGCCACACGGGGUUCCUCGUCAACGUGCCGCUCACGGCGCACCGCCUCCGCCGUCCGGGGCUCGCCGUCGACUACGUCACCUCCACGCUCAACCGCGGCAGCUACUUCUGGUCUCUCGGCGUCAGGGCCUUCUACUUCUCCUGCCCGGUCUUCCUCUGGCUCUUCGGGCCCAUCCCCAUGUUCGCCGCCUGCGUCGCCAUGGUCUGCUCGCUCUACUUCCUCGACGUCUACAAGGAAUGGGACAGGGGGGAGGAGGGCGAUUGCAUCGUCCCUGACGACGGCUACGAGAAAGAAGCGACGAAGACGGCCGUCAGUGCUGUCUGAAAUCUGAAACCAACACGUACGGACUCAUCCCGGCUGGCGAUCUGGAUGAUUCAACUUCUCGUUGAAUUUAGAUCGAUGACUGGGAUUUCGCUUACUACUAUUUUGUACGGUGUACCAAAUAAUGUGUCCAUUCCAAGACGUGGCGGAUCUAGCUCAGGAUCGGAACCUGGCAAGAUGUGACUGCAGCCAAAAUUAACAAAUCUUGCCAAGCAAACCCCUACUUGAUCCAACUUUCUCUACAAAAACUUCAACGAGAUGAAUUUGGGAGGGUUCUCAUUUCUUCUCCCACUUUUUCACUCCUCUAUCUCUUUGAGAGUGGCCUACUUCUCCCCGGCUCCUUUGGCUUGGUAUCCACCUUCUUCGUGGCCGCAAGGGCACUGAUCUGUUCAAUCUCAAUUUUCUUGGUUUGUAUCUCGUAGUAGUUCUUGACAACCU